AUGAUGGUUGAACCGCAGCGAUUGGAUUAUUGGGACAAAGAUUCGCCGUCACGUCGUUAUUCACUUUCAGAAUUGAAACAACCGGUUUCAUUGCCCGUCGAAAAGAUCAUGGAAACCGCUUUUUCUGCCUUGAAAUCGAGCGUCACGGAACGGCACACCGGACGCAGUGUUGGGAAGUUGUUCCGCUGCUUCCUGUUGUCCUCACUUCAUCUGGACGACGAUCGUCUUGUAAUGCAGCGCUUGCUGUCUCAUCAUUCGUUUAGAGGAGAUGUUCAUCCUGUACAAAGUCCAUCGUUCCAGUGCAGUGACAAGCAAGCAAGACAUAUUCAUCAAACGGCAGUCACUGCUAUGUUCGUCGCUGCAGCUAUCAAGGAGUUGAGACAAGCCGUACUGCCUACAAUGGUGUCCCUUGUCCGACACUACACGCUGGUUGCCGUCGUCCAGCAGGCCGGCCCAUUUCCUAUGCUUGUUCCAGGUCGCUCUGCGCAGCGUAUUCUGGGGAUGGAUCCACUUGUUCUAGUCGAUGCCUUAGCCACAAUAAUGGGCCACGAAGAAAAAGAACUGUGCAAGCCAGGGCAUUUGGCGUUAGUGUUAAUGCUAGACACGGCUUCAAUCGUUCUCGGGUCUAAAGAAAGAGCCUGCAAACUCCCUCUCAUGGAAUACCUGGCUGAACGGAUGUGCAGCCUUUGCUACGAUCGUGCUUGGUACGCCAAAUUGGGUGGCUGCAUUGCCAUCAAGUUCUUGUUUGAACGAAUGGCAUUCAAAUGGGUUCUCGAUCACCAUUAUGUGUUCCUGAAGGCCCUCCUAUUUGUCAUGAUGGAUCUCACUGGUGAAGUGUCAAGUGGAGCUAUUGACAUGGCCAAAGCCAAUUUGGAGAAAAUGCUUCUCUUGUGUGCCACUCCAUUGCCGGAACUUUUACCUUCUCCUGAAAUAGUAUCGGCGCAAAAAAAAAGUUUGCACGACGUGACUCAUGAACUCGUACGGCAGGUCACCAGUCCAAACUCAACGGUACGUGAACAGGCUAUGCACCUGUUACAGGUAUUGGCACGUAUCACAAACCAAACACCAACUGCGAUCAUGGAACCUCAUAAAGAAGUUUUGGCUGACAUGAUUCCACCGAAGAAACAUUUACUGCGGCAUCAACCCGUCAACGCUCAAAUUGGCCUAAUGGACGGCAAUACGUUUUGCACGACCUUGAAGCCGCGACUCUUCACGAUUGAUCUCAACGUUGUUGAGCACAAGGUCUUUUUCCACGAGUUGCUUUCACUGUGCGAGGUGGAUGACACAGUUCUCUUGAAACUACCCUGCUACAAGUCGGUCAGCAAUCUGACACCACUGAGGAAAUCUGCAUUGCAAGCCCUGGCCGCGUGUCACUACAUAACGCAGUGUCGUGACAAGAUCCUGAACGUGAUCUUCAAAGCUUUGAGUUGUAACAACGCCGAACUGCAAGAAACGGCAUUCUCCUGUAUGAAGAAGAUACUGGUUGGCACUCAAAUCGAAAUGGAAACGGUGCACGCGGCCGUUCGUCCGUUGCUACUCCUAUUGGGUGACUACCGCAGUCUGUCUACCAACGUCAUACUGCGCUUGUCGCACACGACCCAACUUUUCCCUCACGUCUUCAACGAGAAGCUUUGUGAGCAACUUCUUCAACAUUUGCGCAAGUGGCUCGAAGUGGUCAUCGUGGCGUUCAAGACUGGAGGGAAUCGUCCCGUUGCAACCCAUACCAGCAGCGGCCCUUUCAACAGCAGCAGCAGCCUUUGCAGCAAUGAAGUUAAGGUGGCCAUCGGCAUCAUCGGCCUGUUCCAUCAGAUACCAGCCGCGUCGGCCAGAUUUCUCGAAAUUCUCUGCAAACUGGUACUGCAAACGGAACGCGCUUUAGGAUUGGAGCCAGGCAGCCCAUUCCGCGAGCCGUUGAUCAAAUUUCUUUUGCGAUAUCCGACGGAAACGAUCGAUUUACUAUUACGAGACGAUAUUAUUGGCGAUGCCGAUUGGAAUCGCUUUUUGGAGCACUUUGUGCGUCACAACGAUGGUAAACCUUUCCGUGACGCCAUCAAGGCCAACACCACUAGGCUGAUCAAUUUCGUGCUUGGCGGAAUCCCUUCGGAGUCAGGCACGGCCAAGCCUCAUCCGUUGCAAGUAACUGUUCGAAUCUUGCGCAUCAUUAUUUGCAAAGACGACCAGUGGAUAUCGGAGCAAGCGGAAUUGAUAAGCGUUUUGACGAAAGCCUGGUACUCGGGUCGCUAUGACGAGAAGAAGACGAGCGAUCUUUCAAUUGCUGAGCGAAAAGAGCAGCGCCAACUGGCCAAAAUUCUGUUGCACUACUUUCAACAGCACCCCGAAGAAGUUGAGUUACUGUUUCAUCUGAUGCGCGCCUUGUGCGAUCGCACGAUUCCCGAUUUUUAUUUCUUGAAAGAAUUUUUGGAGAAAACUGUCGGCCAGUCGUAUGGCGCCGACUGGAAGCGAGCAUCGUUCUUCAAAUUUGUGGAGCUUUUCCGCAAUCCCAAUCUCGGCCAGGAACUCAAAGCCAAAAUCCUCCAGCACAUCAUCAUUCCGGGAUUCUCUGUCAGCUUCGAACGAGGCGAAGGUGAACUGCUGAUAGGGACACCGCCCACUCCCGAUCAAGACAAUAAUGAGAGCGUGGUCAGUGUUUUCAUCAAUAAAGUGAUUGAUCCGGAUAAUCCUUUCGGUACGUCGGAUGCCGUUCGAAUCCUACUACUUCAGUUGAGUUGCCUGUUGGUCGAGCAAGCUUCGCAACAUAUCCACGAUGCUGCUAACAAACGCCAAGGAAACAAGCUUCGUCGAUUGAUGACUUUCGCGUGGCCUUGUCUCUUAAGCAAAAACUGUGUUGACCCGACAACUCGCUAUCAUGGGCAUCUGCUGCUUAGUCAUAUCAUCGCCAAAUUCGCUAUACACAAAAGGAUUGUGUUGCAGGUGUUCCACAGUUUGCUGAAGGCGCACGCCGUCGAGGCGCGCAGCGUCGUCCGACAGGCGCUCGAAAUUCUGACGCCAGCCAUGCCUCUCCGUAUGGAGGACGGGAAUACCAUGCUUACUCACUGGACCAAGAAAAUCAUUGUCGAAGAGGGUCACACCAUCGCUCAGUUGGUACAUAUCCUUCAGUUGUUGGUGCGCCACUACAAAGUUUACUACCCAGUACGGCAUCAUCUAGUGCAGUACAUGGUAACCUCGAUUCAGCGCCUUGGAUUCACUCCAACGGCUACUUUGGAGCACAAGAAACUAGCUGUUGAAUUGGCCGAAGUUGUUCUCAAAUGGGAGCUUCAACGCAUGAAAGAUGAAGCCGAUUCUGGAGGUGAGUCUUGCGAUGAGACUCUGCCAGCAGGUUCGCAGAAAAGGGCAGGCAAUGACGGACAACCGGAAUUAAAGAAGCCGAGGCUUGCAUCCUCAUCUUCCUCCGGCAAAACGCUUGAAGUCAGUAAACCCAUUGAGAAAACUCAUUGCGACGCCAUUGCAAACUUUUUGCUAAGGCUAGCCUGUCAGGUGAACGAUACAACUUCUACGGCCAACAGUUCGGGAGAGCAGUUAUCUAAGCGUUGUGUAGCCCUUCUGAAGAUGGCUUUGAAACCUGACGUUUGGCCCAAUUGUGAGCUGAAACUGGCUUGGUUCGAUCGCCUUUUCCAGACGGCAGAUAACACUCCCGCGGCUGCAACGGCGUCGGCGGCGACAGUCUCUGCGCCAAAUUUUACCAACAUUUGCACAGCCCUCGAUUUACUAACUUUUCUGCUGAGCAUCUUACGCAAAGAACAAAUUCUAGCCGGAUUUAAACCGCUUCAACGCGGCCUUUCUUCGCUCAUGAACUGCGUAAAUCCUAAGGUUAUACGAUGCCUUCACGGACUGCUAUCUCGUCUGAUGUCCGUGUUCCCGACCGAACCAACCAACUCCAACGUGGCGUCGAAGCACGAAGAACUAGAAGGCUUGUACGCUGCCGUUACGAAAGCCAUUUACGAAGGUCUAGGUGCCUACGAGAGGAACACGACCGCCCCGUCCACGUCUUUGCUUGGAACCCUGAUGCUACUGAAAGCUGCCUGCACCAACAAUCCAUGCUACAUCGAUCGACUCAUUACAUCUUUCAUGAGAGCGCUACAAAGAAUGACUCGUGAACAUUUAGCGCCUGCAACUGGCGAUCGCCAGACGACGGCGGCCACCACGACGACUGAGAGUGGCUUCAGCUCGUGCGAAUUACUCAUCCUCAGCCUCGACUUGGUCAAGAAUCGUGUAGGAGUUAUGGGAGUUGAGAUGCGAAAAGCCUUCAUCGGCUCUAUUCUCGUUGGCCUCUUGGAAAAGAGUACUGAAUCCAAAGUGGUGCGGUCUAUCGUUCGUAUGCUGGAUGAGUGGAUGAGAACAAAAACGCCGAUCGCCAUCAAUCAAGGACCAAGCUUGCGUGAAAAAUCCAUCCUCCUCGUCAAGAUGAUGCAGUGCUUGGAAAAACGAUUCCCUGACGACGCAGAAUUAAACAUUGCUUUCUUGGAACUUAUCAACUUUGUGUACUGCGAGGAAUCUCUGAAAGGUUCAGAACUGGUUUCCAAAUUGGAACCUGCGUUCCUCGCUGGCCUUCGCUGUCCUCAGCCGUCAACCAGGGCAAAGUUUUUCCGGGUCCUCGAUACCAGCAUGAGGCGGCGUCUGCACGACAGACUCUUAUACAUUGUCUGCUCCCAAAAUUGGGAAGCCAUUUCGGCUCAUUAUUGGAUAAAGCAAUGUCUAGAGCUGAUUUUGGUCACGUCUGUUUCCGGCGCUCCCAUUCAUACGGCUCCUGCAUCGGCAUUACUACCCGGCGUUACAUCUGUCAUCGCCACAGCCGAUGCUAGUGAAAGAGAAAAUUUCAGUGUAGCCGGAAACAUUAAAGAGGAGCCCGAGGAAUUGCUUGACGUUUUCGCUCACGUGAAGGAAGAUGACAUUGACAUGGAUUUGAGCAACGCUCCCAAUGAUCCGCUCACCCCGUCUGGCGUGAACAAGACUGGGUUAGCCACGCUGGUCAACCGUCAAGUUAAAUUUCUGGAAAGCGGUCGGGAAAUAACGUCGGCGCAAUUUCUGGAAGCGGUCGCACAACUGGCCCAUAUGGAUACAUCUCUAGCUGAAGUUCUCUGGUUGGAGUUGUUCCCACGCAUCUGGAAGGUCCUUGGUGAAAGACAACAACAAGCGCUCUCCGUUGAACUUGUACCAUUCUUGUGCAGUGGAGCACACGUGAUACAAAAAGAUUGCCAACCAAGUGCCAUCAAUACGUUUGCUGAAGCCCUUUCGUUGUGUAGCCCACCAAUUCGCAUUAAACCCUGCCUUUUAAAGUAUCUGGGUAAAUCUCACAAUUUGUGGCACCGAAUGACUCUGAUGUUGGAACAAUUAGCAUUCGACAGCGGCAAUCCCACCGCGCACACCAAGGUGAAACAAAAAGAAGCCAGCAAUGAUUUCGAUUUGGACCCCGGAGCCGUUUCUCAUCAGGAAACCUUAGAUGCUCUCUCCGAGAUGUACAGCACAUUAAAAGAAGAAGAUUUGUGGAGUGGAUUGUGGCAACGUCGUGCUCAUUUACCUGAAACCAUCAUUGCUGUUGCUUACGAACAACAAGGUUUCUUUGAGCAAGCUCAAGGAACUUACGAGCUUGCCAUGACCAAAGUUCGACAAGAAUUCGCUAACACGGCAGCUCCAAUUUCUCUUCAGAGCGAAUAUAGAUUACUUGAAGAACACUGGAUUCGUUGUGGCAAAGAGUUGAAUCAGUGGGAACUGCUUCAAGAAUUCGGUUGCUCUCCCGAAUGCUUGAACUACCAAUUGGUCUUAGAAAGCGCCUGGCGUACACCAAACUGGAUUGUCGUUCGAGAUGCAUUAACUCAGUUGGAACAAGCCUGUCCAAAGGAGUAUGCAUGGAAGGUUAAUUUGUAUCGUGGAUUCUUAGCCAUGUGUCACCCAGAAGAACAACACCCAAAUAUGGUUGAACGUUACGUAGAACUAGCGAGUAGCCUUUGCAUUCGUGAAUGGCGACGACUACCUGCAAUUGUUUCUCAUGUUCACUUGACAACCUUACAAGCUGCUCAACAAGUAGUUGAACUUCAGGAAGCUGCACAGAUUCAUCAAGGACUUCUUCAAUCUCGACCUGGGACGCUACAUGACGUAAAAGCUAUCGUCAAAACAUGGAGGAAUAGGCUACCAGUCAUUGCGGAUGACUUGAGUCAUUGGAGUGACGUUUUUACCUGGAGACAGCAUCACUAUCAAUUCAUCGUGUCUCAUUACGACCAACAAAGUGAUCAACAAGCCAGUGCCCAGUCGAUGCUCGGAGUUCACGCAUCCGCCCAAGCAAUCAUCCAUUUCGGUAAAGUGGCACGGAAGCACAAUUUGACUGGCGUUUGCCUUGAUUCCUUAGCAAGAAUCUACAGCAUCCCAAGUGUACCUAUCGUUGAUUGCUUUCAGAAAAUCAGACAGCAAGUUAAAUGCUACCUUCAGGCUGCCAACGUGUUGGGAAAAAACGAGUUGCAAGAAGGACUGGAAGUAAUAGAGUCGACCAAUUUGAAGUACUUUGCCAAGGAAAUGACGGCGGAGCUUUACGCUCUAAAGGGAAUGCUACUGGCCCAAAUUGGCAGGGCAGACGAUGCCAACAAAGCUUUUUCGGCUGCUGUGCAAAUGCACGACACGCUUGUCAAAGCUUGGGCCUUGUGGGGUGACCAUUUGGAACAAGUUUUCACAAAAGAUUCCCGUAACAUUGGAAUAUCGGCUAUCACUUGCUUCCUUCAUGCGUGCCGUCAUCAAAAUGAAUCAAAAUCGAGGAAAUAUCUGGCUAAAGUGUUAUGGCUCCUUACCUACGACGACGACAAGCUGUCAUUAGCUGAAGCUCUGGACAAGUAUUGCGUCGGAGUUCCACCGGUGCAGUGGUUACCGUGGAUCCCUCAACUACUGGUUUGCCUUGUGCGCGACGAAGGAAAAUUAGUCCUUAACUUGUUGAGCCAAGUUGGACGAAUGUUCCCUCAGGCAGUGUAUUUCCCCAUCCGCACCUUGUACCUGACUCUGAAAAUUGAACAGAGAGAACGUUAUAAAUCCGCCGAAUUGGCAGCCACUCAGGCCACGGCUGACAGUGGUGCCACGGUUGGCAAUGGGACACCCCAGGCUAGCACACCCGCUGCUGCGGGGGCGGAAGCAGCUGGUCCCAUCAAAGCCACUGAGCCCAUGUGGCGUUGUUCGCGAAUUAUGCAUAUGCAAAGAGAUUUGCACCCUACUGUGUUGUCAUCCCUUGAAGGCAUCGUCGAUCAAAUGGUUUGGUUCAGGGAAAACUGGUAUGAAGAAGUAUUGCGGCAAUUGCGACAAGGUCUCGCAAAGUGUUAUGCUAUCGCUUUUGAAAAUCGAGGAUCCGUUGCCGAAGCCACCAUCACUCCCCACACGUUGAGUUUCGUCAAAAAGCUGGUAGCGACGUUUGGCAUAGGCAUCGAAAACAUCGCCAAUUCGGCCAGCGGCUCGUUCAGUAGCGCAGCUUCCGAGAGUUUAGCACGGCGAGCUCAAGCCACAGCACAGGAUCCUGUUUUUCAACGGAUGAAGACGCAGUUCUCUACUGAUUUUGAUUUCACGUUACCGGGUGCUAUGAAACUCCACAAUCUUAUUCACAAAUUGAAAAAAUGGAUAAAGAUUUUGGAAGCCAAAACGAAACUGUUGCCAAGGUCCUUCCUUAUUGAAGAGAAGUGCAGAUUUCUCAGCAACUUUAACCUACAGACGGCAGAGGUCGAACUACCUGGAGAAUUCCUUCUACCCAAGCAUACUCAUUACUACGUGCGCAUAGCUCGUUUCUUGCCACGAGUGGAAAUCGUCCAGAAGCACAACACAGCAGCCCGGCGUCUUUACAUUCGAGGACACAACGGCAAAAUCUAUCCGUACUUGGUUGUAAACGAUGCAGGCCUUGGCGACGCCCGGAGAGAAGAACGCGUUCUACAGUUGCUGAGAAUGUUGAACAAUUACCUGAAUAAGCAUAAGGAGACGUCGAAGAGAUUCCUAAACUUCACUGUUCCGCGCGUAGUGGCUGUAUCACCGCAGAUGAGGCUAGUCGAAGACAACCCAUCCAGCGCCACGUUGCUGGACAUCUAUAGACUGCGUUGCGUGAAACGCAACAUUGAACACGACAUGCCUAUCGCCAAAUACUACGAAAGACUAGCCACUAUUCAAGCCAGAGGGUGUCAGGCUAGCCAUCAAGUGCUGCGAGAUAUUCACAAAGAUGUACAGCAAAUCAUGGUGCCACGAACUUUGUUGCGCGAAUGGGCUAACGUCACGUUCCCAUCAGCCACAUUUUACUGGACUUUCCGAAAAAUGUUAACACUACAAAUGGCUCUGGUUAAUCUGGCCGAAUAUGUAUUGCAUCUAACGCGUCUCAAUGCAGACAUGCUGUACAUACACCAAGAUUCAGGCCUUCUCAGUGUUUCCUACUUUAAGUUUGAUGUUGAAGACUCGAACGGUGAAUUAGAUGCCAAUAGGCCGGUGCCGUUUCGUCUCACGCCGAACUUGGCCGAGUUUUUAACGAUGAUUGGAGUGGCUGGUCCUCUUACAGCUAGUAUGAUUGCUGCGGCUCGUUGUUUGGUACAGCCCAGUGUCAAAGUUGCUGCUAUCCUGAAAGCAGUUUUGCGAGAUGAGAUGAUUGCCUGGCAUAAGAAGAAAACCGCCGACGAAAAAGAAAAGGAAGGUGGCGGAAGUGGCCAAGUGGAAGGAGAAAUUCUAAUUGGUUUGGUUAAUAAAGCAGUCAAUGCGAUUAUCAACAGGCUCCAAGGGUUGUCCACAUUCGAUGGAAAUGAGUCUAAAGUCAGCACUUUGGUUGCCGCAGCCAAUAGUAACGACAAUUUGUGCCGAAUGGAUCCUUCGUGGCAUCCGUGGUUGUAACGUAACCAUUUUCCCCCAAGCUGAUAAUGUCUAACAUCAAAUGUAAACAUCAUGUAACCAAGUAUAAAAGCUUGCUUCAUCAAUACACUUGUCAAUUCUUUUA